UCCGAUUUGUGGAACUGCUUGUUUUAGAUACUGUUUUCCUCAUCUCUGAAAUGGUACCAAACUAUCUCAUUCCGGAGUUUGCUAAGACCACAGCUGGUGCAGGCUUGUGAUGCUGAGAGGUAGCUCUGGGUUCUACUGCUAUGCCAUCUUUGAGCAUGACAGGGCCUACCCUGCUCUCAACAUCACCGAAGCUCGGCUUGUCUUCAAGCUUAACCCGGCAAAGUUCAAUUACAUGGCUAUUACAGACGACAUACAGAGGUACAUGCCCAGCGCGGUGGACAGAGAAGAACCUCGUGCUGUCCCACUGGCUUACAAGGAGGCUGUUCUGCUGGUUGACCCCAAGGAACCCCAAUUCAGAGGAGAGGUAGAUGACAAGUACCAGUACUCUCUGGAUAACAAGGACAACGUUGUUCACGGAUGGAUCAGCGGCAGCGAUCCAAACCCAAUUGGUUUCUGGGUCAUCACUCCCAGCAACGAGUUCAAGAGCGGUGGCCCUCUCAAACGGGAGCUCACCUCCCAUGUCGGCCCCACAUCUCUCACCAUGUUUAUGGGGACGCAUUAUGUCGGCAAGUACAUGGUGGCCGACAUCGACGACGGCGAGGAGUGGAAGAAGGUCCUCGGCCCCGUGUUCAUCUACCUCAACUCAGGUCCCAAGACAGGCGACCUGUGGGAGGACGCCAAGGCGCAGGCGGAGGCCGAGGCGAGGAGCUGGCCCUACGGCUUCCUGGCGUCACCGGACUUCCCCAAGUCAGCCGAGAGAGGGUCCGUCACCGGGAGGCUGUUGGUCAGCGACAGGCACCUGAACAAGAAGCACGACAUGCCCGCCGGGGCGGCGGCCUACGUCGGCCUGGCCUCGCCGGGGCAGCCGGGCUCCUGGGCGACGGAGAGCAAGGGGUACCAGUUCUGGACGAGGGCCGCGUCCGACGGCACCUUCACCAUCGCCAACGUCAGGGAAGGCGUGUACGACCUGUACGCCUUCGUUCCGGGGGUUCUUGGAGACUACUACGACCGCGGCUCGCCGUCGUCGCCGCUGACCGUAGCGCCUGGCCGUGCCGUCGCCGUCGGUGACCUUGUCUUCGAGCCCCCGAGGUCCGGCCCGACGGUGUGGGAGAUUGGCGUCCCCGACCGUACGGCGGCGGAGUUCUACGUCCCGGACCCGGACCCCAGGUACGUCAACAGGGUCUUCGUCGGCGACCGAGACAGGUACCGGCAGUACGGUCUCUGGGAGAGGUACGCCGAGUUGUACCCGGACAAGGAUCUCGUCUUCACCGUCGGUGAAAGCAACGAAUCCAAGGACUGGUUCUUUGCACACGUCACAAGAAAGGUUGGCCAGGUUGCCGUGCCAACGACAUGGCAGAUACGGUUCAGUCUGGACAGCGUCGAGGCUGACGGCGACUACACGCUGCGGAUCGCCAUUGCAGCUUCUGAAAGGUGCAGGUUGCAGGUGCAAGUGAAUGACGAUGGGGAUGAUGCGAGGAGAGGCGGGGUGUUUACGGCGGCCGGCGACAUGGCCAUGGGGGACGACAACGCCAUCACGCGCCACGGGAUACACGGCAUGCAGCGGAGCCUCGAGUUCGCGGUCGGGGGCCACCUGCUGCGGCGAGGCGGCAACACCAUUGGCCUAAAACUCAUCAGCCACCAGCAAGGACCGGAAGGUCCGGCCAUGGUCGCCGGAGUCAUGUAUGACUACAUCCGCCUAGAAGGGCCGCCGUCGUCCAGAGGCGUUGCGUCACGCGGGGUUCCACUUCACCGUGUUUGGGUGCAGAUUUUGCUCGUGUCUUCACUGGCCUGCUUCCUCGUGAUGUCCCAGUAGUAGUAGUAAUAGUGUAGCGAUCUGGCAUGCAGGCGAUCUGCCAGGAAUGAUGAUUUUACAGCAACAGAAAGAAGCACAGGUUCCCCAACAUCAGGAACCUACCGCUAACAAAAAGCGCAAUUCCGAAACCAGAUACACUACAGUCAUACUAUUGAGCUAUUACAGAAAUGAAAAUUCUCUUGUCACAAUCAAAUCAUAAUAACUACUAC